AGCCGGCUUUCACAAGGACAAAGUACCUUGUACGGUUGGGGUUGCUCACCCACACACACCGACACACACGCACCCGCACGCACAGCCGUGCAUGCGUUAUCGUUAGUCGUUACCGUCCUUUCAUAUAUAUAUAUUGAGGAGCAUGCCUCGUGCGUAUUACCGGCCCUUCACGGCGUACGAGGAGGCCGUCGGCUUCCACGCUGCUCGCCGCAACGCGUACAUCCUUUGCGCGUUCUUCUUUGGCGGGCUCAUCCUGAAGGGGGUGCUCACGCUGAACUACAGCAGCGUCGCAAACCCGUACAAGGGCGCCGCGCUGGAGGAGGAUCCGCGGUACCAGGAGCUGCUAGAGAAGCGCCUCACCUUGGCCGAGAGCCUGUCGACGCAGGAGUCGAUGAGGCGGGCGAUGCACGCACGCCGCUCCGCACCGCCUGCGUAG